ACCGCCCCGUACCCCGUGACGGUCCCGCCCCGGCGGUAACGGCGGGGAGCGGCUGCCCCGCUCGGCGCGGGGGAACCAUGAGCUCGGCGGCGGAGCUGCUGCUGCUGCCGACACCGACACCGCCGCUCGGGGAAUGCGAGCGGGAAGCGCGGGCAGCGCCCGCCCGGCACCGGAGGCGCCCGGAGGAGCAGGUCCAACAAGAACAAAGGAACCACACUGCAGAACCUGUAAUAGAUGACUAUAAAAAGAUGGGGACUCUCUUUGGUGAACUAAACAAAAGCCUCAUCAGAAUAGGCUUCACAAGGAUGUACUUUGGAGAACGGACAGUAGAACCUGUAAUAAUUAUAUUCUUCUGGGUCAUGCUCUGGUUUCUUGGCCUGCAAGCUCUUGGACUGGUUGCUGUUCUGUGCCUUGUCAUUAUUUAUGUACAACAGUGAAAUUUUAUAUGUGCUGUUCAGAUAAUGUAUUUCAACACUGUCACUAUGUCAGUGGAUUUGAGUUUAAGUGAAAGGGUGGCAUAUCAAAAGCUGCGAUGCUUUGAAUUGCAUUUUGCUGAAGUUUCAAUGUUUGGGAUGAGGAGGACUAAAAUGAGGCGUUUUAAGCAAAGUCAGCAGCGCCCUACUACUUCUUCGAAGGGCAAAAAGUGAGAUGUUUGUAAUAUAAUGGUGUCCAGUGUACUGUUUUCUGCAUUCUUGGGGCCUUAGUCCAAGGUCUGGCUUUUUGUUGUUGCCCUCCGUGUCCGUGUCCCCCCCCCCCCCCCCCCCCCCCCCGCAAUGUUCUUGCUUUGUAUAUUGAAAUUUUCCUGCCUGGUUUUAAAAGGGCACUUGAUGUGAGUGUCCUGUUUCAUUGUUGUGAGGGGCUCGUGUGCUGUUUGUUCCCUGAAUCUGCCUAAUUAGCUGGUUUUUUUGCUGAAAAGCUAACUCUGCACGAGGGAGGUUUGCUAACAAACCUACAAUGACAAAUGUUCGUAAGGUGAAUGCAACUUCCUGACACAAAAGCAUCUUUGGUUAGCAUAGUUUAUAGCAAGCUUUCCCCUAGGAAACAAGCUAUGCCAGCAAAAUGCUUUUGUACUAAUAUUAGCGACUUCACACAAGGCUUCAGCUGUUGUUCAGGAGGAAUCCCAGUCCUGUAUUGGCCACAUGGUCUAAUGUAGCUCUGCCUUGUGUUUGGAAAUGUACUCUGUUCCUGCUGCUAUUUUUCUUUCUUUUUUUAAUACUUGCUCUUUCCCUCAGCCCUCCUGCUGAAGAUAAAUAUCUGGGUAAUUCAUGGGCUUUGUAGGUGUAGUUACAGCUGCAGUGUUGGAGAGUUGCCAUUCCAGUUGGCAAUGUUAGGUGGAAUAUUGUCUGCUUCCUCUGGGUCGCGUGUGAAGUGUCUGAGCAACCAGAUAGAUAUCAGACCAGAUCUCUUAAAACUUCCCUGAUUUGCUGCAGUGUAGAAUCAACACGAGCUAGAAGCCUUCUGUACAUAAGCAAAUCAGACCUGUUUCCUCAUGCAAGGCAAGAAUGCAGUUAAAAUCAGGUGGUCAUUUUAUGAUGAUUCAUUUUCACAGUAGGCAACAAAAAGGCGUAUCUAUAGUUGCAUGUCAUGGGCAACACAAAUUGGAAAAUAGGAUAUAUAUGUUCAAGAGCAGGUGCAAAAUUCACUCUGGCUCCCCAGGAGCCACACCAGGGGUGUACUGCGUAUUUCCAAGUUGAAUGUGCUCAUUUUAAGAAAACCAGUAAAAUGAGACAGAAUCUUUACUGAAUAGGCUACCAGUUUAAUAACUUUUAGUAAGAAACUUUAUUGCAAAAUAGAAUUUUUCUGUGGUAGAGCAAAAUUAUACAUUUAUACAACGUAAUAGAAGAUGUGAAAUGUACAGAAAACUACUUAACCUUUUGCAGUGACUUUUUUCCUAAACAUUUUUGUACUAGCAGAGAUCAACAGUAGAUUAGUUGAAAAUGCUUCUUAUCUAGAGGCUUUUGAAGUUAAGGAGGGCUUCUCUAUGGUCCCAGUCCUGCAACUGAAUUCUCAAGGCUGUUUUAUGCCUACAUGGGUCAUGUUGGUUGCUGGGCUCUAUUUCCAGGACCUUUGGUACCAGUCCUCAUGGACUUUCCUAUUAGUGAAAUAAGUGUGAUUUAGGGCAGUGAACAUGAACUUUAAAGUCUUUCUGUGCCUAAAUACCAUCUGUAGAGGUAUUUCUCUGCUUUUGUAAUGAAUGAGUCACAUUUUGAGGAGGCUGGUCUCCUCUCCAUGUCUUCAGAUGAGGGGAACUGAGGCCCAGCUGUGUGUUCAGAUGGCAACCUGCAUUCAUUGGUGCCUAGUUAGAUAGAUAUGCUGGUGGCAGGGAAAUGUUUGACAACAGAAGGUGUUCUGGAUACAGGGCUUUGUUUCUCACAGCUGGAAGUCCCAAAGCAAACAGCAAGUACAGGCUGAACUCAGAGGCAGGAGCUCUGUACUCACAAGUGCCUAGGGAUAAACUUUGGUUUUGUCUCAAGUCCCUUAGAAAGCCGAACAUGCGUUUACACCUUUGCAUAUUUGUAUAGAUACAGUGGUGGAUUUAUACAAAAGGGUAUAGGGGAAGAAUACAUAUAAGGGCUGUACUACAAAAGCAUCUUGUCAUUAAAAAAAAAACCAAAACCUUCUUUUCUUUCCACAAUCAAGUUAUUGUUCGGAGGAUCUCAUCCAGUUCCUUUCACCCUGUAGGAAAAAGUGUCUCUGUGAUAUCUCUGUUCUGGUAGUACUCUUACGUAAAGAUGCUGUGCUGUGAGAUGGCAUGUGGCAUUUCCUUGAAGUGGUGAUUUUGCUAUGUAUGUGAUGAAUGGGAAACAGUGAACCCAGGGUGUGACCGACCGGUUCAGUGAGGACAUUGUUUAUAUGCAUGUAACCCUUUCAUAUGUGCAUAACUAUAACUGUUUCACUCAUGAAGUCAUUUCAGUUGUUCUUCUGAUGUUUAUGUUUGUGUACAUGUACUCUAGGGAAAGGUAGCUUUUGGACUGAGCCUGUGUACGGUGAAUGUUUAUAUGGUUUUUCUUAAGGGUAAAUUACUACAUUUUGUCCUUUGUAGAAGUUUUUAACUUUUAAAAACGUGAAAAAAUAGCCCUAACAGAGUUAGGUUGACUGAAGAUGAAAUAAUGUAUUGCAUGGAAGAUAGCCCUCGCCCAUUUGGUUUCAUACAUUCCAUUAUAUAUAGAAACUUGCACUGAAUCAUUGGUUGUAAUUUUGUGCUAUUGCUGUACUAUCUCCCUGUCAUUUGCAGGAAAGGAAAUAAAGGAGACUGGGAUAGAAUCAGACAUAAAGAGUGGAAAAUGGAAUGUGGUGAAAUGAUGCAUAUAUGUGUCAAAAGAAAUCUGAUCAUAAACAUGUGCCAAAAGUGAGGGGGGAAUGGGUGAACAGUCCUCACAUUGUGUUCUUCCUUCCAUCCAGAUGUAGCUCCAAGGCAGAGGAAGCACCAAGCUUUCAAAGGCUGUCUGUCCCUAGCUAAAAAGCAGGAGGUUAAUUUAAAAUAAAAAAAAUAAAAAGGACAAUUUCACAAUUGUCUAUAUAGUAAAAAGUGAUAAUGUUAUAUAUAUUGGUAUAUAUGAUGAUUAUUCUUGAUAGAACUGAAAGCACCUUUAUGCAUCUGUGUGUAGAACUGUAUGCAGGAACUGUGUCUCUUAAAUCUGUGUUAAACAACAAAUGAUGUAAUUCCAGUUGGUCAGUGUAACAUAUUGAAAGCUUUUUACAUAACCUCUGUUUCUUAAAGGAUGGACUCUUCAGCACUGUUUCACACCUGCCAAAUGCGUACAUGUUGGAACUACUGUGUACAGAGAAGAAGCUCUACAUGUAGGAGAACCUUGGAGAACCCUGUUUGCACUGAAAAAAUCAUUACAUCAAACCUGUCCAUAUAAAAAGGAAAAACCCUAUUUCUUAAAAACUCUGUAUUAAAUGAAUCCUGUGGAAAGCACUUUGUUAUCCUUUCUAAUAAAACCCACUGCCAUCAAUGAGAA